AUGGCUGAACAGCCCAUACCGCGUUCGACGCGUUUGGUUGGACUGCUUACCCAGCCAUUAAUCCCCAGCCCUAUCAUCAACUGGAUCCUUCCAGCGCGUCUUCGAGAUAAACACCACAACGAUGUUGUUUUCAUUGGAGAACGACGAAUUCAAAUCAAGGAGGCUCUACCCAGCGGUCAUCUUCAAGAUGUUGUCGAAACAUCAGAUCUCGAAGGCUCGCUUAUUGGUGCAAAAGUCAUCAAUGUCAGCACCCAAUUGCCUUGGGAAACUCAAGCUCCAAGUCUAGCUCACCCCUUUGACACAAACAACCUACCUCCCCAAAUUCUUUUCCUUGCUACGGAUUCAAAUGAGCUUCUUUUCAUGUACUGCUCAGAAGUGGGAGAUGGCCCAGUUGUUUCCUACACUCGACCUCUGCCCCGCGAUAUCAACAUAGCCGACAAGUAUGGCAGGCAUAUUGCUGUUGAUCCCAAAUCGCGUGCGGUCGCAGUCAGCGCGUCGCGUGACUUCUUCGGUGUCUUAUGGUUAAAAUCCCCUGGCGAACUCCAGAUGCAAAUGAUUGAGGGGAAGCUGAACCCACUCUCAAGCGAGAGCUUCUUCAAAGUGGAUGGUGACAUACUGUUCAUGGAAUUUCUUUACCCGAAAGACAACAAUGAUAAACGGAUCAUUCUACUGCUUAUCGUCCAUAAACAUAACACAACACGGUCUAUGGUCUUUGAAUGGGAUGGAGCCAGUGUACACAACCGCAUGGAUCCCAAACGCACCUCAACCUCUCUACCUCAGCAAAACCAGUUACCUAGCAUGGUCAUCCCUUUGGCCAAAGAAUCAUCCUACCUCCUGGUCACGACAAAUUCCAUGGCAAUGUACACACCCAAUUGUUCGUCUCGUCCGAUGCGAUACCCGCCGAUCCUUCCCGACGCAGAAUCAUCCGAAGCUGGUCUGUGGACUCGCUGGGCCAGACCUUCGCGGAACUGGAUGUACAGUCAGAGGUACGAUGGAAUCUUCCUUUGUCAAGAAAAAGGCUGGAUCUAUUAUCUAGAGUUUGGCAACGAUGGUGAACUCGAAACCCAAACCUCUCUGGGCCAGCUCCACUGCGAUGUUGAUACGGCAUUUGAUAUUCUUGAUAUGGGCCAUGAAGGUGGUGAUUUUAUUCUGGCUGCUGGAAGCCAGGGUGAUGGUGGGUUGUUUGUCCAGGAGGCACGGGAUCACCCUAGGUGUGUUCAGCGAUUCAUCAACUGGGCACCAGUCCCCGAUGCAGCUGUUAUUAAAGCAGACCGCCCGUUCGUACACAGACAGGAAAUGGAUUAUGCCCACGAUCGACUAUUUGUCUGCUCAACCUCUGCUUCAGGCAACGGGGCUAUCACUGAACUUCGGUAUGGCGUUGAGGCUCAGAUUGGAGUCGCGGCUACAUUGGGUGGAUUUUCCAGCAUACGUGGUAUGUGGGCUGUGUCACUCGGUUCUAAGGAUUCAAUCUACCUGGUGGCCUCUGAUCCCAUCUCCUCGUUGCUUCUAUAUACGACUCCGGACAUGAGAGAUGGGAUUACUGCGCUUCAGGAUGAUACAGACUUGGAUGUUCAGCAGACCUUGGCAAUGGACUGUACACCUUCUGGUGUUAUUGUUCGGGUCACAGAAAAGGCUGUGCACUUUUUCGUCCCUAAUGAUGUCUCUCUCAGCAACUGUGUUCAUCAUGAUCCCAGUGUAUUUGUCACAUCAGCUAUUGUGGAUGGCCCAAGUUCCACUAUCAUCAUGACUACAACAACUGAACAGGGGAAUUUUCUUCAUUUGCUUCGGAUAGUCACGACCGGAGGACUUGUCUCUCUAUCUAAUCAUGAGCCUCCAUACCCGCUUGAAAAAGAACCCAUUUGUAUUUCCUACCAGGAUUGGGGGCAAGUUGGAUUCAUUUUCCUUGGCACAGGCGAUGGCACAGUGCUAUCAUUCGAGGUUCACGAGUCUGGUGGGAUCAGACAACAUGCCGACACUCGUAUUUCAAUCGAUACUGAAGAAGACGUGUCCAAAACGAUUGAAAGCCUCGCUGUUAUCAGGACUCUCUCAGACGGUAGAAUGCACCCGUUCCUUUUCUGUGGACUACGAAGUGGCAUACUUGUUCCGUUUGAGAUAGAUACGGAGGGUGUCAAUUUUUGCGGUGACGUUCAAUUCGGUUUCAAAUAUGCCUUCUCUUCAGGUUUGAAACAAAGAGCGCCACGCCACUUUGGGGAAACCUCAAUCAAUCUCAGAUCCCAUGAUACAUUUGCGUUGUUUACAUGCGGGGAUGAUUUCUGGCGUGUUGCAUAUGCCCCAGGUGGCAACGACUGUGACUAUUUCCUAAGUCGUGUUUGGAUUACAGAUCAAAACUGCCCUGCAUACUUCCCUACCAGAUUGAAUGGUUUUGAUCUUGUCGAUAUAAGAGAUCAAGAGUCCGGGGUUGUAACUACAUACAUGUUCUGUUUUGCAGAUGGCCAACUUCUCGUAUGCUCUCUGGAUCAAGAGGAAAAGGCCGUUCCCCGACGCAUCGACAUUCCCGGAAAUCCCAGCAAGCUCACCUAUUCCCACCAUCUCCGGAGUCUCAUUGUUUCAUAUUCUGUUGUCCAGAAUGAAAACCAGGCCAAGCCACUCGAUCUUUCUCGCACGGCAUGUGUCGAAUUUGUGGACCCAGACACACAGUUGCCAGUGGUCCCUAAUGAUAUAGACAUGGUAGCUCAGGGUCUUCUCCCCUGGAGACCACAUGGAGUUUCUGGUGAGAAAAUUACAUGUAUUGUGGACUGCUUGCCACACAAGGAUGGUAACGCAUACCAUCUUAUCGCAAUUGGGACUUCAAUCAGCCUGCCUCAUCAACCUAAUAGCCGCCAAGGUCGAUUGAUGCUCCUACAAGCGUCUCGGGAUGUCAACUCUCCUGGGCAGAUCACUUGCAUUGACAAGCACACGCAAUGGUUCAAGGACCCAGUGUAUGCGGUGGCGGCUUACUACGAUAGCGUGAUUGUUGUCUCCGGGAAAAUGUUCUUCACUGUCACUUCACGAAACUCUAGAACGAAAUGGAAUCGAAAUAUCACCGCGCGUCUCCCAUCCCCAGCUGUCGAGAUCACGGUGAGAGGGACCAUGAUCUACGUCACCACCUCGAGACAUUCCGUGUUGACCUACAAUAUUGUGAACGGAGACAUCGUGGCAAGCGGCUCCGACCCAAUCGCACGUGAUGGUUUGUCUCACACUUUGAUGCCCGGGUAUGGGAUGCCCGGGCUUGAACUUCCCGGUUUUGGACUUGAAUCGGAUCUCCUUUUUGUGAGUACCCGAGGUGGAGCUACCCGGGUUCUCCCAAGCAUCCAUCAACCGGGUGACCUUGUGCCUUGUGCGACGGCCGAUCUUCCCGUCUCUUUGAUUAAGCUCAAACAAGGCAGCAAGUGUCCAUCUCGGCUGAGGGCUCAUACCACCUUUUAUGGCUUUGGCAUCAAUGGGUCUGUCUACCGGCUCUUGCCUCUUGAUGCCAGUGAGUGGCGCCUUCUUCAACUUCUGGUCAACAUUUGCUUUAGGGAUAAUGUUAUCUGCCCUUCCCUGUCCAAUAGACAUCGCUACCUUCAUGCCAUUUCCCAGGUUGAAAAAAGCAUGCAUAUCGAUGGUAACAUUCUGGUUCGUCUCGUGAGUCACGACUCGAAACAUCUGGCUAGGGUUCUUGGGGCAUGCAACAGCAAUCAGUUCAGGGACCUGACCCCUGAAACAGUGGGUAUGUUAUUCAAGGCAGUUGAGGACGUGCUUGGGGUCCAUGUCAAUCAUACCCAGGCUCUCUUCACCUGGCUUCGCAAUCUACUACACGUUGAGCUUUAA